AUGGAUGUCGACAGCGUAUCCUCUUCCCCGCCCUUGCGGCAAUCCUCUCUGCCACCCAGUAGUGCUCCUGUCGCGUCUCAAUCCUCGAACGGACGAUCGACACCGCGACGAAUACGGCCAUCCGGCCGCGGCUCAGACGCGUUAAAUCUCGGCGAUGAUGAAGCAGAAGAAGUCCCAGACGGAGACGAUGCAGGCGCAAGAAGAAGACGGAGGCCCAGGGGUCAGGGCCAGCUGAACGCGGAUGUGCCUAUCGUGAAGGAUGCGGUGGGCGAGAGUGUUCAAGAAAGCUUCGAGACCUUCCUCCGAACCUUUACAGAAGAGAUUGCCCUUGCAUCGACUCCAGCUUCAGAUGGCGGCGUCCCCGUUGCGCCUGACGGCGAACUCAUCUACAUCGAACAGAUUCACACAAUGCGUGAAUACGAGCUCACUACUCUUUAUGUCGACUACGGACAUCUGCUGCAAAAGGAUGACGUCCUCGCUGACGCGAUUCAAAAACAAUACUACCGCUUUCUGCCUUACAUUCGACGUGCUCUUCACAACCUUGUCGCUCAGUACGAACCGGAAUAUCUCAAGCUGAAUCCCACCGCUGCAGCCACAGAUUCUGUGAACUUGCAAUCUCGCGAGUUCAACGUCGCGUUCUACCAUCUUCCACUGGUCUCGGGGAUUCGCGAUCUGAGAACAGACAAAAUUGGUACACUGAUGAGUAUAAGCGGAACAGUUACUCGUACCAGCGAGGUACGGCCUGAGCUACUGUAUGGAAGCUUCAUCUGUGAGGUCUGUGGAGGCCUAGUCAACGAGAUCGAACAGCAGUUCAAGUAUACUGAGCCGAGUUUGUGCCCCAACCCAACUUGCGGUAAUCGUACGGCAUGGCAGUUGCAGAUCGACAGUUCAAAAUUUACGGAUUGGCAGAAGGUCCGGAUACAGGAGAACCCCUCCGAGAUACCCACCGGCUCUAUGCCUCGAUCUCUCGACGUGAUUCUCCGCUCAGAGCUAGUUGAACGCGCUAAAGCUGGAGACAAAUGCGUUUUCACUGGAACUUUCAUCGUGGUGCCAGACGUCAGCCAGCUCGGCCUUCCCGGAGGCAACAAAGCGGAGUUAAUGCGAGAGGCUGCAAAGGCUGGUGCAAAUUCUGCCGCAGCGGCUGUCGGUGGUGCAGGUGUUACUGGUCUGAAGAGUCUCGGUGUCCGGGAUCUGCAAUACAAGACAGCAUUCUUGGCGUGCAUGGUCCACGACGUGGAUGGUCACGCUGGGACCAAUGUGCGGGGAGAGGAUGAGCAGGGCGAAGACGACAGUGAGGCAUUCGCCCGAUCCUUGACGGAACCAGAAUUUGAAGAACUCAAGCGCAUGGUGAAUUCCGACCACAUCUACUCACGACUGGUGGAGAGUAUAGCGCCGACCGUCUACGGUCACGACAUUGUGAAGAAGGGCUUAUUGCUGCAGUUGAUGGGUGGAGUACACAAACAGACUCCGGAAGGCAUGCACCUACGAGGCGACAUCAAUAUUUGCAUUGUUGGCGACCCUUCAACCUCAAAAUCACAAUUUCUCAAAUAUAUCUGUUCCUUCCUUCCACGAGCCGUAUAUACAUCGGGCAAGGCAUCUUCUGCAGCGGGUCUGACGGCCGCAGUCGUUAAGGACGAGGAGACGGGAGACUUCACCAUUGAAGCCGGUGCCCUCAUGCUGGCGGAUAACGGUAUUUGUGCCAUCGAUGAAUUCGACAAGAUGGACAUUUCGGACCAAGUCGCUAUCCAUGAAGCUAUGGAACAACAGACCAUAUCCAUCGCGAAGGCUGGUAUCCACGCGACGCUCAACGCACGGACGUCUAUCCUUGCUGCAGCGAACCCAAUCGGUGGCCGAUACGAUCGCAAAAAGUCACUGCGAGCCAACGUUGCGAUGACGGCUCCAAUUAUGAGUCGAUUUGAUCUGUUCUUUGUGGUGUUGGACGAGUGCAACGAGAAGUCCGACCUCAACAUUGCAAAGCAUAUCGUCAAUGUCCAUCGGUUCCAGGACGAAGCCAUUCACCCGGAGUUCAGUACAGAGGCGCUGCAGCGAUAUAUCCGUUACGCUCGCACGUUCACUCCUAAGCUUACUCCGGAGGCAGCGGACGUCCUGGUGGAAAAAUACCGCAUCCUACGACAAGAUGACGCUUCGGGUACCGGCCGCAAUUCUUACAGGAUUACUGUCCGUCAGCUAGAGAGUAUGAUCCGGUUGAGCGAAGCAAUCGCUAGGGCGAAUUGCACAUCGGAGAUCAAACCAGCGUUCGUACGAGAAGCGUAUACGCUUUUGCGACAGUCCAUCAUCCAUGUGGAGCAGGAUGACAUCGACUUCGAUGAGGAGGAGCUUGAGGGCGAACGAGAAGGCGAACGACGUCCACGCGCGACUGCAGAUGAUGUGGAGGAGAGCCAAGACGUCGAGAUGUCUGCAGCUGAAAUCGCAGCCAUGGACGAGGCCGAGCAAAGCUAUAACGAAUCCAUGGGCCUCAAUGGCGCUGGUUCCAGUGGCCUCAACGGUGCAACAUCCGAUGGUAUAUCAAGAGCGGGCAGCAUGGCUCCCAAUGCGCCCCCGCCACCUCAGCCCAAGAGGCGGAUGGUCAUCACCCACGACAAGUACAUGACGCUACAAAGUCUGAUCGUCUUCCAUCUAGCUCAAGUCGAACGAGAGACUGGUAAGGGGGUCGACCGGGACGAGCUCAUCGACUGGUACCUUGAGACGAAGGAGGAGGACAUCCAGGAUGUGGAAGAGCUCGAGUACGAGAAGGAGCUUAUCACCAAGAUGUUGCGCAAGCUGGUCAAGGAUAACUACUUGAUCGAGAUCAGGGGUGAUGUGCAAGAUUCACUGCCUGAAUCUAUGGAGGAGAGCAGCGGCCAGCCUUCGAUGGACAGUCAAGACGGGAACUUCCGCGUCUAUUACAUGGUUCAUCCUUCUGUGGACACGGAAGGGUCUUCGUCUGUACCAUAAAGCGUGAUUACCGUAAUACGUUUAUUUCGGUUUGAGUUAUAUUGCACGUGGGGUCGUCGUUCCUUGGUAUUCUCGCUUUCGAAAGUCGGGCCUAGUAGUAGGCUAUCUCUGCAUCAUAUAUGUAUUGUAUCCUGGCAUCGUUGUGCUUCC